AUGAAACUCAAUUUAGAGACCAUUUCAACUGAUCCCAUAACAAUAUAACUUUAAGAUUAAGAACGAAUAGUAUGAUAAUCACUUAUUAUUUUAGCCAUUUAAAGUAAUUGUUAAAUGUGAGAGUCAAGAAUUAGCAUUAAAUGUAAAAAUAAAAAAUAAUUCAGACCUAUUAAAGACCAAUAACUAAAGAGGAUAAACUUUUAUUUGAAUUUAUCAAUAAUAGAAAUCUUAAAUAUUUAGCUAAUGAUAUUGAAGAUUUUUAGGUUUAAUUAUAAUAAGAAUAUGAUAAUGUUUAAAAUUUUGAGGAAAGAUAUGAGGCUACUUGUAAAAUAUUUUUGGGUACCUAAUAUUUAAAAACAACAAAUAAAAAGAGAAAAUAAGAAAAUUGUUUAAAUUAUAAAACUUAAUAAAUCUAAAAUUAAGAGGAAUUAUUACAUAGUAGAAUUAUGUAAGGAACUUAAAAUGUAGCCUAAUUUAGUAUGAUAGGUACUUUAAGAGAUUAAAAUUAACAAUUAAUAAAGGUAAUAUUUUAUUCAUAAUAUGAAAGAAAGAAAAACCAUAUGAAAAUAAAUCUAGAAAAACAUUAGUGUGUGGUAUUUAUGAAAAUGAAAACUUAUGUUAAAUAGAAGAUUUUAUUCUAUCUUUUAAAAAUUAAAAUGUCGAUUUGGUUAUACUUUGUAAUGGUGUUGAUUCAUUAGAUAUAGGAGUAAAAUAAAAAUUGUUUAUGAAUUGCGACAAAUCAACUUUAAUAAAAAUUGAGUUAUCAAAAAAUCAAUAUUCAGUGAAUAAUGCUCUUGUUUUAUAAUAUGAAAGUAAUUAAAAAGAGUUACCUAAAGUAAUAUUUAUUAUAAAAUACUUUAAAUCGUCAAAUUAUGAUAUUUAAAGGUGGUUAUAUAAUGGAAUAGGUAAACAUUUUGAUCCUGAUUACUUUUAUGUAACUUCAUGUUCAUUAAUUUCAACAAAUAAUUCUAUUAGUACUUAAAUAGAUGUCAUUAAUAAAAAAAACCUAUGUGCACUUACUAGUAGUAUUAUACAUAAUAAAGUCUGUUCAUGGAAUCCAUUAAAUCCUAUUAAUACAUUUUUGUUAGAGCAAACAUUAGAUCAACUUGAGAAUAUAACAACAAAUAAAUUAAUUUCUGUUGUUAUGGAUCAUAAUCCUUUUUUUUGCUUUUAUAAUUGGUAAAAAACUAAAGAAUUCAUUGACCCUUAUUUAUAAAAAAUAAUAAAAUCAGAGUGUGAUUAUGUUUAAAAUAUAAUUGUGUAAGGUGUAAAUUACAUAUUACCAAGUUUGGCUGCAGAAUAAGGAUUAUUAUUUGGUAAAUCAGAGAAUAUUGUAGGAGAAGCAUCUUGCAAUCAUUAAUUAUCAAAGAUUAUGAAUGAAUAAAGAAAAAGAAAGAAUUCAAAAAUAUAUACAUAUAACUAAUUUUUAAAUUCUUAUUCAUCUUUAAGUUCUAAUUGGUAGAUCAAUUUUUUUAUUAGAUUCAUUUAAUAAAUAGCUUUAAAAUUAAUGUUUAUACAUUCUAGUUUGAAUAAUUACUUUUGUAUAAGUGCAAUAAUAUUUAUUUUUGCUUAAAGUUCUUAUGAUUUUUUUGGCAAAGCAUUUAAUCACUAUUAUCUUUAUAUAUUGUAAUUGUCAAUUCCAGCAUUAUUUUUAUUCUGUACAGUUAUAUUUUUAAUUUUUGCAAUUCUAUUUAGAAGUCAAUAUAAAAUAGCAAGAGCAAAAACAAUAAAAGAUCCUAUUUUAAUUAGUGGAAAUUUAAUAUUACAUAUAAUUCAUAGUCCACUUGUAAAUUCUUGUUCAUACUAGUUUGAAAAAUACACCAUAACAAGAAAUAAUAUACAAAUAAAAUUUGAUGAUAUAAAAUUUUUAGGAUCUUCACCAAAUUAAAAAGUUAUGAAUUUAUUUCUUUAUUAAGGGAAAAAUGUAUAUUGUGCUAAUUAAUUUGAAACAAAUAAUAUUCUUUAUGAUAUUAUAUAAUAAACAAAAAAUUAAUAGAAAGCUAAAUAAGUAAGAAAGAAUGGUUUUAUUGAAUAUUUUGCAUAAGUAGAGUGUACAGAACUUUGUUUUAAUUAUUAAAAUUAAAUUGGAGAAGCUACUGAAUAAUAUUCCAAAUUGUUUUAUUUGAUGGCAAUUUUCAAUAUAUUCUUUUUGGCAUUAUUCAUUUUAAAUAUUAUAUACAAUUACUAUUUUAAAGUUGGAGAUACAUAUAAAUUAAUAAUAUGUUUUUGUAUUUUAAUAGUGAUUUUAGAAAAAGCAAUAAAGAUGUUACUUAAUUUAUCACAUAUUUAAGUAUUUAUUAGAGGAUACUUAAGUUAUUUAUUUUACUUUUUAAUGAUAAACUUUGGAAUGAGAUUUUAUGAAAGGAUAAACACUGAUAACAACUUUGAAAAUGAAAGGAUUAAAGAUUUUUAUUAUAAUAAAGUUCAAUCUUUUGCUCUUUGGAUAUCAUAUAAUAUUGUUUUUAUAUUUAUUUGUUUUAUGAUAGAAGCUUAUUACAAUUUUUGUGGAUAUGUAUUACUAUUUUUUUUAAGUUAUUAUGCAUUAAGUUCUUUAUUCAGUAUUAUUUUUACUUUGAUAUCCAAGAUCUUUUGUUUUCAUUUCAACAAUUCAAAAAAAGAAUUCAACCAAUCUUAAAUUGAUACUACUGAAUUUAUAUCAGAUUAAUUUUCAUUAGGUAAAGUUAAUUAUGAAAAUAAAUUUCUUUAAAUUAAAUAAGAUGCUAAUUACAUUUUUUAUAAAUAAUAGGAAUAAGAAUUACAAUAUGAGCGAGAAUAGAUUUAUUAAAAAUCAUAAUAAUUGUAGAAUACUUUAUAAUUUAGAACCUAAAAUCAUUUACCUCCUAUUUAAGAGUAAUCUUUUGUUUAAAGCCCAGAUUAUUCAACUGGAUAAAUUGAGAAUAAAAAUUUAAGUUUGAUGAAUUCUAGAAUUAAAAUGGAUAUAGAAAAUCCUGAAAAUGAAGAUAGUAUGUUAUAUUCAAAAAUGAUUGAAUAAGUUAAAUAGGAUUGA